CCUCACUCCACUAACAAUAUGGCGAAGCGUCGCGGGGACUGGAGCUGCUGAGGAGAAAAUCACUCACACAAAAGAAGAAAAAGUUUGAAACAAACACAUGAUAUUAUCAGCAAACCGAGAAAUAUCCGUUCAUUGGACUCCAACAAUAUGAAUUCACGGGAUUUAUUCCGGCUUGGGCGAUAAACUCGAGUUAUUUAGUGGAAGAGGACGAAUGUUUGUGCAGGAGUCCAGCAUUGGAUCUGCGCUGCACCCCUUGGCAAGUGCCCUGCACUGGCAGACGGUCAAGAGAUAGUCCAAGAUGGCUGCAGCAUCUUAUGAUCAGCUGCUGAAGCAAGUGGAGGCAUUGAAAAUGGAGAACUCCAACCUGAGACAAGAGCUCGAGGACAACUCCAACCACCUCACCAAACUGGAGACGGAGGCGUCUAAUAUGAAGGAGGUUUUGAAGCAGCUACAAGGAAGUAUUGAAGAGGACUCCAAAGAUUCGCAAGGCCAGAUUGACUUUUUGGAAAGAAUUAAAGAAAUGAGUCUUGACCCAAACAGUUUCUCUGGCGUGAAGUUGAGGUCCAAGGCAUCUCUGCCGGGCUCCGGUUCGGCCCACUCGGCCGACAGCAGCCCCAGUCCCAGCCCUAUGAGCUCCUUCCCCAGGAGAGGGGUGACCGGCGGGGGUCGAGACAGCGCUGGGUACCUGGAGGAGCUGGAAAAGGAACGGUCUUUGUUGAUGGCAGAACUUGAGAAGGAAGAAAAGGAGAAAGACUGGUAUUAUGCUCAAUUACAAAACCUCACAAAAAGAAUUGACAGUCUGCCGCUGACUGAGAAUUUUUCUCUGCAGACUGAUAUGACACGCAGGCAACUAGAAUACGAAGCCCGGCAGAUCAGAGCCGCCAUGGAGGAGCAGCUGGGCACGUGUCAAGACAUGGAAAAACGGGCGCAGGGCCGCGUAGCUCGGAUACAGCAGAUAGAAAAAGACAUGCUGAGGAUUCGGACACGUUUACAGGCCCAGUCAGCAGACGCGGAGGUCAAGCAUGACCCCGUGACGCAGACCGAAGGCGCUCACGCGGCAGGAGAUGCUGGCGGUGGUAAUGCGGCCUGCUCACAGGGCUCAAGUUCUCGGGUCGAUCAUGACGCGGCCAGUGAGAUGAGCAGUGCAGGAAGUUACUCUGUCCCACGUCGACUGACCAGCCAUUUGGGAACUAAGGUGGAAAUGGUGUACUCUCUGCUGUCCAUGCUGGGCACCCACGAUAAAGACGACAUGUCUCGCACCCUCCUGGCCAUGUCGAGCUCUCAGGACAGCUGCAUCGCCAUGCGUCAGUCCGGCUGCCUGCCGCUGCUCAUCCAGCUCCUCCAUGGCAACGACAAGGACUCCGUGCUGCUUGGAAAUUCUCGCGGCAGCAAAGAGGCCCGGGCGAGGGCCAGCGCCGCCCUGCAUAACAUUAUCCAUUCGCAGCCCGACGACAAGCGCGGCCGGCGGGAGAUCCGGGUGCUCCACCUGCUGGAGCAGAUCAGAGCUUACUGCGAGACCUGCUGGGAGUGGCAGGAAAGCCACGAGCGCGGCGUGGACCAGGACAAGAACCCAAUGCCUUCACCAGUCGAGCAUCAGAUUUGCCCAGCGGUUUGUGUUCUCAUGAAACUCUCCUUUGAUGAAGAGCACAGGCAUGCAAUGAAUGAGCUUGGUGGCCUUCAGGCGAUUGGGGAGCUGCUGCAGGUAGACUGUGAGAUUUACGGUCUUACCAAUGAUCACUACAGUGUUACACUAAGACGAUAUGCUGGAAUGGCUCUAACUAAUUUAACCUUUGGAGAUGUAGCCAACAAGGCUACACUUUGCUCAAUGAAAGGUUGCAUGAGAGCCAUGGUAGCUCAACUGAAGUCAGAGAGUGAGGACCUACAACAGGUAAUUGCCAGUGUUUUGAGAAACCUCUCUUGGCGAGCUGACGUGAACAGUAAGAAGAUCUUGCGAGAAGUUGGCAGUGUACGAGCCUUGAUGGAGUGUGCCUUAGAGGUUCAGAAGGAAUCCACAUUAAAAAGCGUCUUGAGUGCCCUUUGGAACUUGUCAGCACAUUGCACUGAAAACAAAGCUGAUAUCUGUACGGUUCCUGGAGCUUUGGCGUUUUUAGUGAGCACUCUAACAUACAGAAGCCAAACCAACACCCUUGCCAUAAUAGAAAGUGGCGGUGGCAUCUUGAGAAAUGUUUCAAGCUUAAUUGCCACAAAUGAGGAGCACAGGCAAAUAUUAAGGGAAAACAGCUGUCUUCAGACUCUUCUUCAGCACCUUAAAUCACACAGUCUGACGAUAGUGAGCAACGCCUGCGGGACACUUUGGAACCUCUCUGCUCGGAACGCAAAAGAUCAAGAGGCGUUAUGGGAUAUGGGUGCCGUCAGCAUGCUGAAGAACCUCAUUCACUCCAAGCACAAGAUGAUAGCUAUGGGAAGCGCCGCUGCUUUGAGAAACCUCAUGGCGAAUCGGCCUGCCAAGUAUAAGGAUGCCAACAUAAUGUCUCCCGGAUCCAGUCUGCCAUCCCUGCAUGUAAGAAAACAGAAAGCACUAAUUGAAGAACUGGAUGCACAGCAUCUCUCUGAAACAUUUGAUAACAUUGACAACCUGAGCCCGAAAGCCUCCCAUAGGGCCAAGCCAAGACAUAAGCAUAAUGUCUACGGCGAUUACGAUGGUGUCUGUCGAUCAGAUGGCUAUAACCCCAAUGGAGUCAGUGUUCGAUCACCUUAUAUGAACACCCCAGUGCUCUCAAGCCCAUCCUCUCGAGACAACAGAGGAAAUGGGGAAAGUGUCAGAGCCGAGAGGGACAGAAGUCUAGAUCGAGAGAGAAGGGGUUUCCAUUCCGACGCUGAGGCUCCCAAGCGAAUGGUGCAGAUUCCCACAACUGCGGCUCAGAUUGCGGUAGUUAUGGAGGAAGUGCAGAGCAUGCACUUAAGCAUGGAUGAUCGAACCGCAGGAUCCACCCCAGACCCUCACGCUGUGCAAGACGACAUGAUCCGACGGCAAACUGCAGUUCAUGGUCACCAAAAUAUGUACAGCUAUAGCAAAACUGACCCUUCCGGUCGACCGUGCCCAAUGCCCAAACUGGAGUACAGAGCUUCUAAUGACAGCCUGAAUAGUGUCAACAGCACCGAUGGCUAUGGAAAGAGAGGUCAGAUGAAGCCUUCAGUGGAUUCCUAUUCAGAAGAUGAUGAAGGCAAAUGCUGUGUCUACAGAAAAUAUCCUGCAGACCUUGCGCAUAAGAUCCACAAUGCGAAUCACAUGGAAGAUGACAAUGGAGAUCUGGACACGCCUAUUAACUACAGUUUGAAGUAUUCUGAUGAACAGCUCAACUCUGGUCGGCAAAGCCCAAGCCAGAAUGAAAGGUGGGCAAGGCCCAAGCUCCUUGAUGAUGAAAUGAAACGGCCAGAUCAGAAACCACAGAGAUCGCAAAGCCCAGGAUACCCCAUGUACACCGAAGCCAGCAGUGAAGGAGAAGAUAAGCUAAAAAAGUACCAGCCCAGGUUUGUUCAACAGGACCUGCCUGGAUUUAGAGCGAGGGGCUCAAAUGAACAAAUUAACAGUGGGUCGAGUCAUGGACUUAACAAAAAGAUCUCUCAAACUAUCUGCGCUGUUGAUGACUAUGCCGACGACAAACCGACAAACUACAGCGAGCGCUAUUCAGAGGAAGAGCAGCUUGAUGAGCAAACUCCGAACUACGGCAUGAAAUACAAUGAGGACCACCAUGUAGAACAGCCUAUUGAUUACAGUUUGAAGUACUCUGAUGCUUCCUCCAAGAAGGCCAUGUUUAGUCAUUCGAAGCCGUCUUCGACCCAAGGUUCUGUCAAAGACCAUUUAAGCCAAGAUAGUUCUUCCUCUGUGGCGUCUUUAAAGAACCAGGGUAGGCAAAAGCAGCUCCAUCCUUCAUCUGCUCAAAACAGAGCAGGACCAACAAGAGCAGUUCAGAAGAACCCGGCAUGCAAGGCUCCCACAAUAAAUCAGGAAACAUUACAGACGUAUUGUGUGGAGGACACUCCCAUUUGUUUCUCACGUGGUAGCUCUUUAUCAUCAUUGUCCUCAGAGGAGGAUGAAAUGGAGAGCUGCAAGCGCAACGUCAACUCGGCCAAUAACUACCCAACUCUACCUAUAUCAGAAAAAGAAUCCACUAGUAAUAUUGCAUCUGACCAACGGACAAAUGAGAGCCAAUCAUCAGGCCAUUAUGUUCGCAUUAAGCCUCCACGACAUCACUUAGGACAUGGAGAUGCUUCCAGGCAUCACAAAACGGUGGAAUUUUCAUCAGGUGCUAAAUCACCAUCCAAAAGUGGUGCCCAGACACCCAAAAGUCCCCCUGAACAUUAUGUCCAAGAGACUCCUCUCAUGUUCAGCAGAUGCACGUCUGUCAGCUCCCUUGACAGUUUUGAGAGUCAUUCCAUUGCAAGUUCUGUGCAGAGCGAGCCAUGUAGUGGGAUGGUAAGUGGUAUUAUCAGUCCGAGUGAUCUGCCCGAUAGCCCUGGACAAACAAUGCCACCAAGUCGCAGCAAGACACCACCACCUCCACCACCACGAUCCACGUCAGUAAAACAAAAAGUUACCAUGCCGCCCCAUUCUGAAAAACGUGAUUUGGCUCCAAGGCAUGCAGUCGUAAGUGCUGCUGUACAGAAAGUGCAGGUUUUACCAGAUAAUGAUACUCUUUUACAUUUUGCCACAGAAAGCACUCCAGAUGGCUUCUCUUGUGCUUCGAGUCUUAGCGCACUAAGUUUAGAUGAACCCUAUAUUCAGAAAGAUGUUGAGCUGAAGAUCAUGCCUCCAGUUCAUGAAGAUGACCACAGUAAUGAAGCAGAGCUUGAGAACGAAGACAUUCAAGAACCCAAGGUUCAAGAGAAACCAUCAUCGACAGCUGAGCCUGGAAAAGACAUCUUGGAUGACUCGGAUGAUGAUGACGACAUAGAGAUUCUAGAGGCUUGCAUUAACUCAGCAAUGCCAACGAAAUCAUCAAGAAAACCGAAAAAGCAAUCGCCCUCAAGCACCUCUAGAAUACCUCCACCUGUGGCUCGCAAACCAAGUCAGCUUCCUGUUUAUAAAUUGUUGCCACCACAAAACAGAGGACAACAGCAAAAGCACGUUGCCCUAACACACUGUGAGGACAUGCCCCGGGUGUACUGUGUUGAGGGAACGCCCGUCAACUUUUCCACAGCAACGUCUCUCAGUGACCUCACGAUUGAUUCACCCCCAAAUGAGUUGGCGGGUAUUGAAGGUUCAGCUCCCCAUCCAGAAGCAUCUGGUCAAAGACGAGACACUCUGCCAGAGGGGAAAAGUGCAGAAGCUAAAGAUACAGGUUUAUCACCUCCCAUGCAGUCUGCCCUGGCUGAGAACGAAGGGGAUGAUAUUCUUGCGGAGUGUAUUAAUUCGGCAAUGCCCAAAGGAAAAAUUCACAAGCCAUUCAGAGUGCAAAAGAUGCCUGAACAGGCUCAGCAUCCCUCCACCGCCACUGGCAACCUAGUUCAGCAAGACUUGGAAAAGAAAAAGCCAACUUCUCCUGUAAAACCCAUGCCACAAAGCAGUGAGUAUAGAGCAAGGAUGCUUAAACGGCCAGAGGCUCCUAGUAGCUUGUCAGAAACAGCAUCAUAUCCAGAUAAAAACAAAGAAACUGAAAAGCAAGAGCCCAAAGUAGUCAUAAGAGAGUUUGCUGAUAAGGCUCCUAAUGCCGAGGUGAGAACACGUCCUGGGUUUGCCUUUGAUUCUCCGCAUCAUUACACACCAAUUGAGGGCACACCUUAUUGCUUCUCUCGCAAUGAUUCACUGAGUUCGCUUGACUUUGAGGAUGAUGAUCUUGACUUGUCUAAAGAAAAAGCUGAGCUAAGAAAAGAUAAAGAGCAGAGAAAAGUUCCCCCUUUGAAGUGCAAUGUAGAGCAGUCAGUAAACACCAACAGAGUAGCAGCAUUUCAGGCGGCUCCGACAAAACCCCUUCAAAAACAAGGAGGGUUUCAACAAGCACCCAAAGAAAAUACAGUUGCAGUGUGCGAUGAGAAGCAGAAGUUUUCUAUUGAAGACACUCCAGUCUGUUUCUCAAGAAAUUCAUCACUUAGCUCAUUAAGCGACAUUGACCAAGAAAACAACAAUAAAGAUUGCUCACACAAAGAUGAUGCAACUCAGAUGGAAGUGCCCAGGCCACAAGCCUCUGGUUAUGCUCCAAAGGCCUUUCACGUUGAGGACACCCCUGUGUGCUUCUCUAGAAAUAGCUCCCUUAGCUCUCUCAGUAUUGAUUCUGAAGAUGACCUUCUCCAGGAAUGCAUCAGUUCUGCAAUGCCAAAGAAAAAGAAACAGGCACCAAGAAGUAAGACUGAGGAACCAGGGGCCAAGGAAGAAAAGAGCGUGUUGGCUGAUGGUAUUUUAGCAGAGGAGCCGGAUCUUAUAUUAGAUCUCACAGACACGCAUAGCCCUAUUUCAGAGCAAGCCUUAUCACCAGACUCUGAAUCUUUUGAUUGGAAAGCCAUUCAAGAGGGUGCCAAUUCUAUAGUCAGCAGUCUACAUCAGGCUGCAGCGAGCCUCUCCAGACAAGGUUCCUCUGAUUCAGACUCCAUUUUGUCUCUCAAAUCGGGCAUUUCCAUUGGAUCACCUUUCCACCUCCCUUUAAAUCAGGAGGACAAUAAGCCUGCAACAAACAAAGGACCAAGAAUACUAAAACCUGGUGAGAAAAGCACUUUAGAGUCCAAAAAGAAAGAGGAAGAAACCAAGAGCCUGAAAGGAGGAAAGAAAGUGUAUAAAAGUCUAAUCACAGGAAAGCCCCGACCCAGUCUUGAAAGCAUGUCCUCUCAGCACAAACAAGCUCAAGCUCCUGUGAUCUCCAGAGGGAGGACAAUGAUUCAUGUUCCUGGUGUGAGGAGCAGCUCUCCUAGCACCAGUCCGGUACCCAAAAAGCCCCCUCCACGUGGCCAAAUAUCAAAACCACCAUCCCAAGCACCUGGUCCUGGAAACUCUCCAAGAACCAUGAAAAUGCCAGCAGGUUCUGAACCUAGUCCUGCUAGGGACCCAGCAUCAUCUCAAGGAGGGUCAAGUAAAACUUCCUCUCGAUCUGGGUCUAGAGACUCCACACCUUCUAGACCAGUUCAGCAAUCUCUAACAAGGCCCAUGCAGUCCCCUGGUCGUGCCUCAGUUUCACCAGGUAGGAAUGGCUUGAGCCCAUCCAACAAAUUAUCUCAGCUGCCUCGCACUGCCUCCCCCAGUGCUGCCUCAACAAAAUCUUCAGGAUCGGGGCGAAUGGCUUAUACUUCACCAGGGCGGCAACUGGGCCAGCAAACGCCAACAAAGCAGAGUGGUUUGCCAAGAAGUACAAGUGGAAUUCCUAGAAGUGAGUCUGCCUCAAAAAGUCUAAACCAGUGCGGAGCCUCAGGCUCUUCAAAGAAGGCCGAGUUGUCUAGAAUGUCGUCCACCAAAUCCAGUGGGAGCGAGUCCGACCGGUCCGAGAAGCCUGGACUUGUUCGCCAAUCAACAUUUAUCAAAGAAGCCCCUAGUCCAACACUAAAAAGGAAAUUAGAGGAGUCUGCAUCUUUCGAGUCCUUGUCUCCUUCGUCUCCAAGCCAGUCACAGACUCCAGUAUCUAGUCCAUCCUUACCUGAUAUGUCACUUAGUCUACCCUACCAGGGAAGCGGUUGGAGAAAGUCCCCUCAUGGUCAGAACUCUUCAGAGAAUGGUGAUGGCAAGUCACUCCGGAGGCAUGACAUCUCCCGAUCCCAUUCAGAAAGCCCUUCCAGGCUCCCAAUCAACAGGACGGGGACAUGGAAAAGGGAGCACAGCAAACAUUCAUCAUCUCUCCCAAGAGUAGGCACUUGGAAAAGAACCGGAAGCAGCUCUUCAAUUCUCUCUGCUUCGUCGGAGUCCAGUGAAAAGGGACGAAGCGAGGAUGAACGGCAACCCACUCCAAAAUCGGGGGGUUUGGAACGCAAAGGAACAUGGAGGAAAAUAAAAGAGAGUGAAAGCUCAUACGCACCUUCUAUGACAUUAGACUUACCAGAUCCCAAUGGUGAUGCUGCUCAUUCAAUGGGUGCUGCUAUGUCCAAGACAGAAGACGUCUGGGUGAGAAUCGAAGACUGUCCCAUAAACAAUCCAAGGUCUAGUAAAUCACCCACAGCAAACACGCCUCCCGUUAUUGACAGUCAGUCAAGCAAAGGGCUACCUUGUGACAGGGACUCAAGCGAAUCACACUCGAAACAGCCACUCGCAAGUGAGAAUGCAGCUGUGGGCCACCUGGGUUCAGAAACAAAUCUGAAUUUACUCAGGAGUAGCGAAUCCCUUGAUAAGAAAGUUGCCGAUAUCAAGCCCGCACCAAGUAACCCAAACACUGGCACAGAGGUACAUGAAUUUCCAGUUGCUGAACGCACACCAUUUAGCUCGACUAACUCCAGCAAACACAGCUCCCCUAGUGGUGCUGUGGCUGCUAGGGUAAGUCCUUUUAAUUACACACCAAGCCCCAGAAAGAGUAGUGCCGACAACACAACUCCAAGACCAUCCCAGAUCCCGACGCCUAUCACAAGCAAUGCAAAAAAGAGAGACACUAAAGGAGAUACGACUGAAAGUGGGUCUUACAUUGUCACUUCUGUCUAAGUUUUAACUUACUCAUAAACACUUAUUACAGACUCUGGCCUUGUUUAUAAUUUGUUUUGUGUUUUCGUGGAGAAACCUCUGUGGAGGCCACUUUCUUAGAACUUCUUCUUGUCACACCCUGUGUUAAGAAACUUAUUCUCGCCGGUUGAUUGCUGUUUAAGCUAAUGUUGGUUUCAAAUCCAGAGAAGCAGCAGUAGGGAGGGUGAACAUAUUUGACAAUUUGUACUGUACAGAUUUGAUUAUGUAUAUAUUUAAUUUAACCACACAUCAGGAUCCUGUAUUUACCUUGAAUUGAGAAGAAUAUGGUGGACUGUUUGGGAUGCUGUUAAAUUUCUGGUGGAAUUCAAUACUAAUGCAUUUAAUUUUUUUUUUUUUUUUUUUUUUUUUUU